CUUCAACACCAAAUCGUCAUCGCGAAGUCUAGAGCGCGCAACAGAGACCUCUCUAUUCCCCGUUAAACUCAAGAAAAAAUGUCUGAAGAAGCAUUCGCAAAGUCGUUCAUUGACGAUCUGGCCAGGCUACCAGUUACUGGGCCCAAGGUCCUCUCCGCGCCAUCUCCCAGUCUACAGUAUAUGCUUCCAAAACAUCCGACAACGCCUCAGAAACGGAAGCGCACCACCUCUUCUCCCGAUUCCUCAUCAUCCUCGACCAUCACGAUAACACUCAAGCCCCGCAAAGAUGGCGCUGAGCUCUCCCUUCCCGCCCAACCCCUCACCACGUCAAUCUACGACCUCAAAGCCGCCUACGCUGCGCAUACAGGCUACCCGGUGGAUAAGUUCAAGUUGCUCAACGGCAUGAAGCCUGAGACCACAGGGAGCAAGACCGUUGCAGAGAUAUUCGGGCUCAAGGAGGGAGAAGAUGCGAAAGACGUGGAGUUCAAGAUCAUGCUCAUGGCGGGUGCAACGGCACAGCCAAUGCCAGACAGAGUGGUCAGUCCCCCUGUGACUUUACCCGUAGAUGCGAAGACGGAUGUCACACCAGCCGUAAGAAGUCCAGACGAGGCGCCAGUGGCGCAAGGCCUGAGCGGGGAGGGUGUCAUGCAUACGGAAAAGUUCUGGGGAGACCUUAAAGGAUGGUUGAUACAGCGGAUACGAGAUGAGAAGGAGGGGGAGCGACUAGCAGGGCUGUUUAGAGUUGCGUGGGAAAAGGCAUCGGCGUAAUCUCAUAGGGCACAGUGCACAUUUGAAAGUCACUAUUGCAACUAUGUAGGGAAAUGUAUCAAUUGGAGCGUUUAGAUCUGAGUUCUCCGCGCGUCCAACAAGUCAGUGGAAUAUUGAGCCCAUCAGACUGAAGUACACCAAAGACGAAGGCGGUCGUCUCUCAUAUGGGCCCGCCAAGGUUUAUGGCGUGACCUCGUUGUGCAAUUCAUUCUUCUGUGUUGCGAUUGAGCUGUGCAUACGCACUGGUGGCUAUUUCUCGUCGCCCGAGGGAGGCCUAUAGUCUCUUGAAUACCUUUGGGCGUACGCUG